AUGAAAGUCACAGAUACGUUAUUCAUGGCCCGAAAUAAAUGUUUGCGCUCGUCAAUAUUUGAAGGAGCUCGUGGUUGCAUCUCACCGAGCCGUACAAGUUGUGAUGUGAAUGAGGGGAAGUGGCCACCCAACGGGGUAUCGUGCGCCUCGUCCACAGGUCUAUACGAGGAAAAUGUAACGAGGGCUUCGGUGAUAUAA